AUGCCCUGCACUACCAUACCUCAGAAUUUCUAUUCCCUCGUCAAGCAAAUCAAGAGGUGCUCCCCAAGAUCACAAUCAUGGCGCAGACCUCCGCCGGCGAACCAAGCGGAACGUCUUGUCGCCUCCAUCCGACACCUCUCCUCUUCCCACCGUAUCGCCGCCGCCCUCGUUGCCUUUUCCCAACUCCGCCGCUAUCUUUCCCAUCCCUUGUCUCGUCAUCUCGACCACCCCAUCUCCUCUCUCCUCGCCGCUGCUACCCACCUCCGCUCCUUCUCACACGGGUCCGGGCUCCACGCCCUUUCCUUCUUCCUCGGCCUCCUUCCGGCGAACCGCUUCACCGUCUCCCGCAUUGCCGCUUUCUACGCCGCGUUCGGACUGCUCGAUUCCGCCCGCGCUGCCGUCGAAGACUCGAGCACAGUCCUCGCUUUCCCCUGGAACAUAGUCAUCUCCGCUUAUCUUGAAAAAGGAUACUGGCAAGAUGCGAUUUUUAGCUACGGAAUGAUGCUGGAGAGGGGAAUCAAGCCAGAUAAGUUCAGCAUUUCCUCCGUUUUGAAAGCUUGUGGUGAACUUCGUGAGCUUGGGUUGGGUAAAGAAGUUCACCGGCAUAUAGUUUCCAGCGAUUUGGAGUGCGAUUUAUUUGUUUACAAUGCUCUCUUGGCUAUGUACGCUAAGUGUGGAGCAGUGGAUAAUGCGAGGAAGGUGUUUGAUGAAAUGCCCGAACGAGACAUAGUUAGCUGGAACUCCAUGGUUCUGGGAUAUUCCUCCCAGGGAAGGUGGGACGAGACCUCUGAAUUCCUGGAAAGGAUGAGACUUGAGGGUUUUGAGCUCAAUUCUGUGACUUCUAACACUAUCAUUUGUGGUCUUGUGCAUUCCAGCAAUCAUAGGGAAGCACUUACAUUGAUAUCUCAGACUAGACAAAGAAAAGCCAUUUAUGCUCUAUAUUUUGUCAGCUUGUUGCUUGGCUUGAAGGCUUGCUCUGUCAUAAGAUAUCAGAAGCAAGGGAAGGAGAUUCAUGGCUUGGCAAUUCGAAGCAACUUUGAUGAGCUCGAAAACAUCAGCAAUGCACUCAUCACAUUGUAUUCCAAAUGCCACAACAUCGGCUAUGCUCGCAUCGUGUUCCAGAAAAGCUCGGCUCGAAGCGCGGUUACAUGGAACUCGAUGAUUGCCGCCUUUGCAGGAAUUAACAAGGUUCAUGAAGCAGCCUUGCUUCUUCAAGAGAUGAUUGGAUCAAGAACACAACCAAGCCAAACGACCAUUGUAACUAUGCUAGCACUAUGUGCUGAUUCUGCAGAUUUGUGGUAUGGUACUCAACUUCAUUGCUAUGCAAUCAGGCAUGGUUUUGAGCAUUAUCUUCCCAUUGCAAACUCUAUAGUGGAUAUGUAUUGUAAGUCAGGAAGAGUCUCAGUUGCUCGCAAAGUCUUCGACAUGAUGGCAGGCCAUGACAAAAUCUCUUACACCGCGCUCAUUGCGGGCUAUGCCUUGCAACGAGAGGGGAUUGCUGUGCGGAAACUGAUCGAUGAAAUGAUUAGUCGAGGAAUCGAACCAGAUCAGAUUAUGAUUGAGGUAAUUCGCUCGGUUUGGAGUCGUCUCAGGAAUCAUGGUGGUGGUUUGUUUGCUUGGAACCAUUCAUCAGUUGCAGCAUUGGUUCAGCAUGGUUGA